UCUCGGUAGGUUUACUAGUACGUACUGGUUAGAUUAAUCAUGGCUGAUAUGCAAAUCGUUCUGGCUUCGAAAACUAGUGUGGAGGCGCAGUAUGUGGAAAUGAUGGUUCCUCUCUAUUCUCCUGGGUGUGAGAAGAAAGUCAAGAAGGCCCUAUCCCACCUCAAAGGAAUAUAUUCGGUAAAUGUAGAUUACAGCCAACAGAAGGUGACAGUUUGGGGAAUAUGCAACAAAUAUGACGUGCUAGGUACAGUAAGGACCAAGAGAAAGCACGCUUGCUUUUGGAAUCCUGAAGACAACGAUAUCGAAGAGGACGGAGAAGGAGAAGAAGCAGAGCAACCGCAGAAGGUGACGACGGAGUCGGACGAGUCCACACCACCGAUUGCAAAAAGAAAGUACUUAUUAAGACAGCCAUCUUUAAGGGCUCUCACUAGGGUUCGCUCUUUGAGCUUAAAAGCAUGGAAUUGGAAAAACGUAUUCACCAGGUCCUAUUCAUUCUCAUGAUCCGGUUAACAUAUGGUAGA